AUGCCGACAAGUACCGAAAAUGUGUAUGUGUUUGUGCCUAGAAGCCAGUUUCCACUUCAUGGUACUCCGCCGCCGUCCGUUGUUAAACUAGAUUUGAGUCAAGUAACAUCCGUAAACGCCAGAACAGCUGGUCUCUCGAGUAUUGCUAAAGCUGCCAUUGGUGUUUGUGUCGUGGCAUUUGUUGCCGCCCUUGCCGCUAGUGCUUAUGUUAUAGUACGAACAGUUACUGGUACGAAAGUAUGA